GCCACCGGCAACAGCAGCAAGAGCAGCACCAGCACCAACACUUGCAACAGCUGUUUUUACUGAAGCGCAACAAGUGCCACGCGAAGAGCGAUAGAGGAAGAGGGAGAAAGCGAGGUGGAGUGAGAGAGGGAGCUGCAGCUGUAUUAAAGUACUCUGCACUUCAAUUAGUUUGUGCAGCAGUCACAUUUAAAUAUAAAUUCGCAUUAAGACUUGCAAUUUGAUAAGAUUAAAAAAGGGAAAUAAAAGACGCGACUGCCAACGCAGAAGAAGACGAAAUAAAUUCAUUAAACGCCUGAAUUCAAUUGGCAGCCAGCGAAAAAAAAACAGCUGAGCAACGGGCAAAGAAAAGUGAAAGGCAACAAAACAGCCAGAGGAAAAUCAGGAGGGCAAUCAGAGACACGAGGAAAUGCUGCUCAAAGGCGUUCAAUUGCUGCGCAACGGGCUAGUUGCACCGCCCAAGAGCUACAAUUUUCGACUGGUUUGUCGAGCACUUUCCGUGCAAUAUGGCGAUGGCAAGGCACUGACACCCGCUGUCCGGGAUUAUGUGGAUAAGUGUGUGAAUCUCUGUCAGCCGGAGCGGGUUCACAUUUGCGAUGGCACACAGGCGGAGAGUAAACUGCUCCAGAGUCUGAUGCUCAAACAGGGCACCAUUCAGCCACUCCCCAAAUACGACAACUGUUGGCUCGCUCGCACAAAUCCCGCCGAUGUUGCUCGCGUCGAGUCCAAAACCUUCAUCUGCACGGAGCGCAAAGAGCAGACGGUGCCGGUGACGGCCAAAGGAACGCCGGGCACACUGGGCAAUUGGAUAUCCGAGAAGGAUCUGCAGGCGGCGAUUGGUGAACGUUUUCCCGGUUGCAUGAAGGGACGCACCAUGUACGUGAUCCCUUUUAGUAUGGGUCCAGUGGGCUCGCCGCUCUCCAAGAUUGGCAUCGAGAUCACAGACUCCCCUUAUGUCGUCGAGUCCAUGAAGAUAAUGACGCGUGCGGGUACUCCAGUGCUGCAGGUGCUCGAAAAAGGCGAUGGACAGUUUGUCAAGUGCUUGCAUUCUGUUGGAAACCCAGCGAAUGGUGUCCAUGCCCACAAAUCCUGGCCCUGUGACCCCGAGCGCACUAUUAUCCUGCACAAGCCGGCCGAGAAUGAGAUUGUCUCCUAUGGCUCGGGCUAUGGUGGCAACUCUCUGCUGGGCAAGAAAUGCUUUGCUCUCAGAAUUGGUAGCACCAUUGCCAAGCGAGAGGGUUGGCUGGCCGAGCACAUGCUCAUCCUGGGCAUCACAAAUCCGCAGGGCAAGAAGAUCUAUGUGGCAGCAGCUUUUCCCUCGGCCUGUGGCAAGACCAAUUUGGCCAUGAUGACCCCUACGCUGCCGGGCUACAAGGUGGAGUGUGUCGGAGAUGAUAUUGCCUGGAUGAAGUUCGAUUCACAGGGUGUUCUGCGUGCCAUCAAUCCCGAGAAUGGUUUCUUUGGCGUUGCCCCAGGCACCUCCACGGAAACGAAUCCCAUUGCCAUGAAUACCAUCUUUAAGAAUACGGUCUUUACGAAUGUGGCUGGUACUUCGGAUGGAGGUGUCUACUGGGAGGGCAUGAAUGAAGCUCAGAUCAAGGAUGUCACUGUCACUGAUUGGCUGGGCAAGUUGUGGUCCAAGGAAUCUGGCAAGCCCGCCGCUCAUCCCAACUCUCGCUUCUGCACACCUGCUUCCCAGUGUCCCAUCAUUGAUCCUGCCUGGGAGGAUAGCGCUGGUGUCCCAAUCUCUGCCAUACUCUUCGGUGGACGUCGUCCGACUGGAGUGCCCCUCGUCUACGAAGCACGUGACUGGGAACAUGGCGUCUUUAUUGGAGCUGCGAUGAGGAGUGAGGCGACUGCUGCUGCGGAACACAAGGCCAAGGAGAUUAUGCACGAUCCGUUCGCGAUGCGUCCCUUCUUCGGCUACAACUUUGGCGACUAUCUCGCCCACUGGCUGAGCAUGGAGAAGCGUGGCCAAUUGCCCAAGAUCUUCCAUGUUAACUGGUUCCGCAAGAGUGCUGAGGGUAAAUUCCUUUGGCCUGGAUUUGGAGAUAAUUCCCGUGUACUGGAUUGGGUCUUUCGACGUGUACAGGGCGAGAACUGCUACGAGGAGUCGCCCAUUGGUCGAUUACCCAGCAAGGAUGCUCUCAACGUAGCCGGACUCAAGGGCAACAUUGAUCUCAAGCAGCUAUUCGAGUUACCCAAGGAGUUUUGGCAGCAGGAGGUCAACGAGAUUGAGCAGUACUUUGAGACUCAAGUGGGCGACCAUCUGCCACGCCCCGUGGCCAAGCAGCUCGCCGAGCUGAAGAAGCGCGUGGCAAACAUGUGAUGGAGUUCCAGGGGUUAUAUUGGUAAUCUAAUGGUUAAUAGUUUAAUAAAGUCUAAUAAAAACGAGCAAUUUGCA